GCUGUUUCAUGGCUGGUUAAAUGUUUUAGAAAAAAAUUCUCAAGAAAAUGUUCUAGAGAUUACAACUUUUCUAGAAACGUGCAGUUCGGCACAAAUGUCACGCAAUUCCUACUCGGCGCUUCAGACGCCACAUAUAGGUAGUUUUGCAAAUGGCGCAUAACUCCCAGCGCGCACCUAAGGCGUCAUCGUCAUUGUGGCCGACAAGGUUGACAACAGGCUUCCGCCUGGAGCAUCCCAUCCUCCUCUUCUCCGCGUGGCCAGCCGCCGAGUCUGGCAACGCAGGCCUCCUUACCUAGCUUCCGGACCACAGUGAGCGUCCCCGUUACGUCCAGAAGAAGGCGUCCGAAGCCACAAUCGCUUACCUCGAGCACCUACACAUACCGGAGUCAGGAAGGACCUUGCCGCCGCCUGCACACAAUCCCUCUCCGCCAACCACUACACUCGACCGCCACCACAACAGACCCCGCCGACCCCCCAGCCGCAGCCCCGAUGACCUACGGCCGUGCGAGCCGCUGCCCAAGAAGCCAGAUCUGAAGCAGAGGAUUUGCCUAGAUCAAGCAAGACAGCACACCCAGGCCACCAUGCCACCAGAGCGGUACGCUGUCCAGCACCUCUACAUCGCUCCGUCGUGCCCCGUCGUAGCCAUGGGACAGUCGGAUGGGGUAGCCGCCGCCCCCAAGGAGCCAGAUCUGGCGCCGAAGCUCCCAUGGACAGCAGCGGCAGGUUCCCCGGGCGACCAGCCCCCCGUGUCUCUGCAUCGUCCGCGCCGCUGCACUGUGCCACCGCUGGACGCACGCGAGUCUCCUCCGCCCGCGCCGCCGCACUGUGCCACCGCAGGUCGCGCGCGAAUCCCUGCCGCCAGAUCACGCCCUGCGCCGCCACGCCCGGACAAGAGGAAGGGAAACACCGUCCCUGCCGCCACCGCACGGGCUUUGCUCGGGGAUGCCCUCAGGUGGCGGCUGAAGGAGAAUGGGGAUGAGUGGUGGAGGAGUCGACAUCGGCUAGGGUUUCUCCCGGGCCGCCCGCGCGGGAGCACACGGCUUGUACUAAAAUUUCUAUACAUACAUUUUUCACCGGAUGGAGUGAGUAUUGUUUUGAUAAAUAUGAUGUUAUCAUCUAUAUUUAUGAAGGAACACGGACGCGCGUGGUUCAGGCUAAUUAGCGCGUACUGAUCGGCUGGGUCACGCGCAUGGUCAAAUCUUCAUCCAACAUACGAGGAAGUCCAAUAAAAUAAGUGUGUGGGCGUGUAUACGAGCAUCUAUUAUUAUACUGUGCUCAAAUAUAAAAACAUCAAACUAAUCUAGUCUAUUAUGCCAAGAAUUAUAUAAUAUAUCUCAUAAUGCGCCUGUUGCGUCAUGGUUGCCACUCAGAAUAUGAAGGCACCUUCUGUGUGAUUUUUUCUAAUUUCUUCAAGUAUCUAUUCUCUUGCUCUUUGAGAAAUACUACUA